UCCUCGCACAGCAGCGCUCGGGGCCGGGGGGUCCCCGCCGAAGCGAGCAGCCGCAGGGGUGGGGGAGAGACCGGGGCUCGGCAGCAGGGACUCCCCCAUCCCAUCCCAUCCCCGGGGAGCAGCGGAGCCCCCGAUGCCCGGCGGCAGCGCGGCGCCCCCGCCCGGCGGAGACCCGGAGCUGGCCGGCAGCGGCGGAGCGGGCAAGCCCCGGCGGCGGGCGGAGGAGGCGGCGGGCGGCUCGGCGCUGCCCGGGGCCGUGCGGGCGCUGGAGCUGGCCGAAGCCCGGCGGCGGCUGCUGGAGGUGGAGGGCCGGCGGCGGCUGGUGCUGGAGCUGGAGCACCGGGUGCAGCAGCUGCACCGCGUCUUCGUGCAGGCCGAGCUGUGCAUGGCCGGGCGCGCUGAGAGCCUGGCCCGCCUGGGCAGCGGCGCCGGCCAGGCCCAGAUCUACCUGGCGGCCCACGGGCAGCGCCUCAAGAAGAGCCUGCGGCGCUCCCGCAAGGCGCGGCCGUCCGCCCUGCUGGCCUCGGCGCUGGGCGGCUGCGUGCCCUGGGCGGCGGGCAAGCUGCGCCGCGGCCGGCCGGAGCCGCCCGAGUCCCCCUUCAAGAGGAGCCUGCAGGGGCCGCCGGGGCAGCCCCCGGCCUGAGAGCAGAGAGGGGGCGCCG